AUGGCGAAAUCGCUUGGGUUACUGUUAUUGUUCGCUGGGGUUUCGUUGCAGCAGAAAGAUCCGUUGAGUGACUUUUGUCGGCGGUUCGGACAUCAAAGUUGUGUUGUAGACACGAAGUUAUAUAUAGAUGGAGGACAAGUGGACUGGAACCCGAUACCUGCCAACAGGCAAAAUUAUACUAAUACUUGGGAAUCGUACCACGAUCUAACCACAAGUCCCGCGGGUGUAGGCGUUCCUCAAUUGCAUGCCAAUUUGUCGAAGAACUCUAGUAUCCCUGAUGUAUCUGGAGCCGUGUUGUGGCCCGACGCGGUGAACAAGAGAUUCUAUCUCUUUGGUGGAGACAAUUACCAGAACUCCCCUAGUGCUGCGAAUCUCUACUCUUAUGACAUUCUCUAUGAUAAAUGGGAUUCUUUCGGCACUCCCUCUCAAGGGAUCCAAAGUGUUUCUUGGGGGGCUAGCGUCGGAAUUUCAGAUAUCGGGCAAGGUUAUAUUCUUGGGGGAUGGCUUUCAAACUAUUCUGUUCCAGGAUGGAAUGGAGCACCUUUUGCGACCAACUCUCUUCUAUCCUACGACAUGGACAAACAAGCCUGGUCGAACAGUACUGGACCUUCUGAUAAUGCCGCAAGAGCUGAGGGAGUCAUGGUUUACGUGCCGGCAUCCGAUAGUGGAAUGCUGAUACAAUUUGGAGGCGUGACAGUGGAAGUGAAUGGAACAACCGAUGCCUCUCCAAUGGAGGAAAUCAAUAUUUACGAUGUGAAGAGUGGCAAAUGGUAUACCCAAAAAGCUAGUGGAAGUGUUCCACCAACUAGAAGGAGGUUCUGCGCAGGUGCGGCCUGGGCCCCUGAUCACUCAAGCUAUAACAUUUAUAUCUAUGGAGGGUUGGGAUUCGGAGCUAACGGGCCCGGAUUCGACGAUGUUUGGAUUCUCUCCCUCCCUUCAUUCAAAUGGAUUCCAUUUUACAAUGGGGGCACGUCGGGGUUUCCUCACCACUCACUCACAUGUAAUGUUGUCGGUGGACAAAUGCUUGUUACAGGUGGAACUUUUCCUCUCUCUGAUGCAUGCGAUAGCUCUACAACCUGGGGCAUGCACGUUCUCGACAUGGGCAAGGCAUCUGGAAGAGCGUGGAACCCCUACAAUGUUAAUCUCACGAAUUACGUUGUACCGCCCGAGGUCAUUUCUGUUGUUGGUGGCUCAUCAACUGGAGGUGCCACAGCUACAGCGCCAGUAAAUGGCUUUGAUAACAAUGACUUGGGAGUGUAUUUCACCCAAAAAGCAUCCAUUGCAUCUCGCACCGCUUCCAGAGUCAUUCCAGUGACGACACAAAGUGCCACAUCACCUGCGAAAUCGUCAAGCUCCGUGAAGAUAACUGGGGCUGCAAUCGCUGGAAUUGCGGUCGGAGGAGGUCUUUUCCUCAGCACUCUCAUUAUUGGUGCAUGCUUUCUCUUUCGCCGUAAGCGGAGCAAGGCAAUUCCACCAAUUUCAAAGACGGCCUCUGAAUCGUCCAAACCUCCGUAUCCUACUCCGUAUUCUGUUCCUUUCAGUCCUCAAAGCCAGUAUUCUCAUGCUGGGAUGUUUAAGCCUACGCUGCAUCACCAACUAUCAACUACACCCGAGCCCGUAGAAUUAUACGGGAGCGAUUAUCUUCGAAAAGGGCAAGAAGAAGGUCAAGGAUUAGGAUUAUCCAAGCCACAUCCCCCACCCCCACGUCAUACUCCACGAUCUUUAAAAUCCUCAUAUUCGGAUACGGGUACACACUUUAGCCGCUCAAAUACCAUUGGAUCGAAUACAACUAUUUCCGCUUCAACACCUCUCUACCACAAUCUGGGACGGAGCCCACCGCCUAUGUCGCCUCCAAAUCAUUUUUGA